CCGAAAAGGCCUACACACUCCAACCUACUGUUUUUCUAUCUCCUCCUCUGUAUUUGUUCAACUUGGGCCCUGGAACCCUAGAUUGUCCAAGUGAUCGAAGAAGAUUACACAUGGCACAAGGGAAGAACGAAGAAGAGGAAGAACAUGCAUUGCCUUCGAAGCGAAAGCCCGAUCUCACUUUCGUAGAAGAAGGCAUUGUCCAGGCCUCAGAAAACAAUCCAAAAAAGCAUCAAAAACUCGAAACUUCUUCGGACAACAACUCCUCAGUUCCCGAAGUUGAAAAAAUCGAUGAAGUCGAACACAACCAUGUAGAAGAAGAAGAGGAGGACGGCGACGACGAAGACGAAGAAGAAGAGGAUUACGAAAGCGAAGAUGAUGAAGAGGACGAUGGCGAUGACGAUGACGAUGACGAUGAAGAUGAGCAUUCGAAUGAGAAAGCUGACGUUGAUCGUAAGGGCAAGGGGAUUCUAGUGGAGGAUAGAGGUAAAGGAAAAUUGAUAGAAGAAUCAGACGAUUCUAUUGGAUCUGAUGGCGACAGUGAUCUCUCCGAUGAUCCGCUUGCGGAGGUUGAUAUGGAUAACAUUCUUCCGUCGAGGACUCGACGGCGAGCGGUUCAGCCUGGGGUUUAUAUUUCUGAUGAUAUCCGCAAGGACUUCCAUGGUGAUGAUGGCAAUGCUUAAUUGAACUGAGGUUAGUAAAACUGAAGUGCAAAUAUAUUUUGUUCAGUUUGAUGAAGAGGAAGUGCUAUUUUGAUGAGACUCGGAUGCUAAUUUCAUCAAUGCUAUAGUGUUCGCAAACGUAUGCCGUAAACUUAACUUAUUAUUUCG